CCAAAAUUGAUUUUUAAAUUUAAAAUGUCUAAAUAUUAUUCUGUUUCGAUACCGUUAUUUUUAUUUACCCAUUUAGUUUAUUUCUCAAGAAUUUGUUCAUGUGACAAAACAGAAGCCGAGCUGACUAAUAUUGUGACGGCCACGAGUAAAACUUGGCGCGAUUACCGACCAGUAAAUCGCAAUUCGGAUAUUCUUAAGGUGAAUUUCUCCUUGUCCAUUUCACAACUGGUCAAUUUGGACACCAGGAAUCAAGUUGUGGUCUCCAGUGUGUGGCCCACGCAUGAAUGGGUGAACCCUUUGAUCGGAUGGGACCCGAACAAAUACGACGGCAUCACUCAUCUAUACAUGCUAUCAGAUAACUUGUGGCUGCCUAACUUAGUGCUGCUUAACAACGUGGAUGGUAAGUUUGACGUGUCCUACUACAGUAGGGUGAAAGUGUCACACAAGGGGGAGUGUCUCUGGGCUCCCCCCUCCAUCUACAAGAGCAGCUGCGACAUCAACAUCGCCCUCUUCCCAUUCGACGAACAGAUCUGUCCGCUCAUUUUCACGACUCUGGAGUUUGACGUGUCGCAGAUGGUGAUUGAGAGCAAGUACAUGGAGGCAGAUUACACAGGCAGUCAGUAUUGGGAGAACAGUGAGUGGAGCAUUAAGAGUGCACACACCAACACCAUCUCAGUCGACUGUGCCCAGUGCAAGACAGGCAACCACUCCGCAUUCGUUGUCUACCUCCACCUAGUCAGGAAGCCGCUGUAUUACACCGUGUACCUCAUAAUCCCCCUCAUCAUCACGUCCCUCCUGACAGUCUGCACUUUCUACCUGCCCUCCGCCUGCUGCGAGAGAAUCACGCUGGCCAUGACCAUCCUACUCAGCACAGCCAUGCUACUUCUCAUGGUCUCAAAGCUCAUACCCAAGAGUGCGUACCACGUGCCGCUUCUCAACCGAUAUCUGGUGUUCAUCUUCAGUAUAGUCGUGGCCUCUCUAAUGUGUAACGCCUUCAUUCUUCACGUCCAUUUCCAGGCGUGUUCAGGGGCCACUGCGUCUGUCAAACUGCCACGCCCCUUCAAACACUUUUUACUAUACACACUGCCUUUGUGGAUAUUCAUGGAGCCGUUCCAAUUAACAGACUGCGAGUUCACGGCCUUAGUCGAGGAAAAACAGUCCAAAAAUCUGCGAAGACGUGAACGAAAACAAGUUGGAGAGAAAUUGUGUUUCUGGAACAAUCUGGAAACUUCUUUUCACGAAUUAAUGCUUUUUAUUCCCAAUAGCGACGAUCAACUCUUCGAUUCUUUAAACAACUCACUAUCUAACAAUGAACAAACUUCGGACCAACAGUUAAAUAAUGAGAGAAAGCAAAAAAGAAUUCUUAAAACUCUGGAAAGCAUCAAAACUUUGGGCAACACAGUCGAAAGCAUCCACGAUAAAAUCAAAGUGGAAAGAAGACAAUUUUACCAAGACGAAGAAUGGAAGUUCAUUGCUUUGGUUUUAGAUCGGAUCUUGCUGUGGCUUUUUAGCUCAGUUGUUGGAUUUGGAUCCGUUGCUAUUUUAAACCCAAAUUUGUACACAGUUUAGCUUAAUUUAGACC